CUCUUGGCUCUGUCGAUCGAGUAAUAAUACUCCCUCGUCGUUUCGUCUGCUUCUCUUGAAACACGCACGAGCUUCGCUGCCCUCCUUCAUGGUCGUGCCCAACCUUUGCGACCAGAAUCAGAUCUGACGAGACGAACGACGCAACGACCCACACUCUUCAGCAAACGCCAUACACGAUACGAAGUGAACAUGCCCGUCUAUCUUCUACACGGGUUCCGCUGGCCACGACCUUUGAUCCGAAUCCACAUCAUCCUUCAAAACCUCGACGAUGCUGCAGCAGAAUGGCUUGUGGCUCCCGGUACAACGGAGACGAUGCUGGAGAACUUCCACGAGACUUUCCCAGACACCAUGAAGCACCUGCCAAACCUCCGCUUCGUUGAACAAUACGAUCCGAACGAUAUGUCGUCCUUGAGCCAACCUUACGCCUACGUGGCCGACAUUGUAGAAGAGGUGAAGCUGGGCUUGGACGUUGACGAGGUGAGAGGGAAGGAAGUGAGCGAUGAGCAGACAAAGGCAUUGGCCGCUGUACGGGACAAGUUGGCACCGGAAGUGCCGGUGGGAUGGUAUGUCGUUGUCUGCGGCGAUGAAGAACGAUUGGCUCCCGGGAAUGAGGAUGAGGCGGAGGAGGAAGCAGUGGAAGCAGGACAAGUGGAGGGGCAAGAAGUGAAGGGGGAGGAGACGGCGAGAGAAAGCAGUGUAGUUACGACAAAGUCUUUUGUAUUAGCGAAUGGUGCAAGCGGCGACGCGGAGAGAACAUCGAAAGCCAGCACGACCGCUGAUGAGAAGAAGCAAGCGUCAACUGUGCAAGCGUCGACCGUGGAACCUGAGCCGAAAGGACUUCGAAAGUUCUUCAGACGCAAGAGUCGUGCGACCUUGCAAAACCUUGGAUCGCCUGUGAAAGACCAGGCUGCACCCAAAGUCCCGUCAAGAGUACAGCCUUGACAAUCACAGCCGCCGGGUGGCGUCCAUGGCAGGGAGGGCAGUCUCCUGCAGGUCAACAUACCUGACUGCAAGUCGCUGCAAGUUGAAAUGCCUGAAAUGUCAGAAUCCAUCUCAGAGUUGUCCACAAG